GUCUCUUAUAGUAUAUUGCAAAAUUAAUAUUUCUCAUUUUUGUGUAUUAUAUUAAUAUUAUUAUAUUAAUAUUAUUGUAUUAAUAUGUAUUGUAUUAAAUAUUAAUCAGAAUAUUUUACUCAAUAAUAACGUAGAUAAAAGUCCUCGUUGCUUAUAAUAUAAAAUAGUGAAAAAAUUAUUUGACUUUAAACUAACAAAAUAACAUGAAUUAAAUAUUAAUUAUUAUUAAUAAGAGUAAUGUUUUUUUAUAUAAUAUAAAAAAAAAUUAUUCUCUUAUGUUUACUAGUAAGGAACAAUUGAUAAAACGUACUGGAAAGAAUUCUAUUGGUCGUUAUGAUUUCUUAAAACUUUUAGCUACAGAAUUUAAAACUACUAAAUCUAAAGAUGCAAAGGAACAAGUAUUGGCAAAUCUUGCUAAUUUUGCAUAUGAUCCUAUUAAUUAUGGAUAUAUAAGACAAUUAAAAAUAAUUGAUUUGUUUCUUCAUACUUUAUCAGAAGAUAAUUUAAAAUUAGUUCGUUUUGCUGUAGGAGGUAUCUGUAAUAUCUGUGUUGAUCCAAUAAAUAAAUUAUAUAUUUUACGUAAUCAAGGUAUUCAAUUAUUAACAUCACUACUUUCUUUACAAGAUGAAGAUAUCAUACUUUCAAUAAUUACUACUUUAAUAUUUUUAAUUAAUCCUGACUCUAAAAAUGAAAUAACAACUGAGUUAAUUGAAAAAAUAUCUCAUCUAUCAAAUUGUAAAAAUAAACGUAUAAAAAAUUUGAUAACAAUAUUUCUUAAAAUAUUUUUUAAAUUGUUAAAAAGAUAUUGCACAGGAUCUUCAGAUAUUUUAAAAACUCUAAAAGCUGGAAAUGAAAUAUCAGUUAUUAAAACUGUUACAAAAGAUGAUAUAUUAAAUUUUGCUAAAUUAACUGGUGAUUAUAAUCCAAUACAUUUUGAAGUAUCAAAUCAUCUUGUUCAUGGUGCUUUACUUAAUGGUUUAGUAUCAGGAAUACUUGGUACAAAAAUUCCAGGCCCAGGAACUAUAGUAGUUGAGCAAAAUUUUAAAUUUCCAGCACCAUGUUAUGCUGGAGAUAUAAUAGAAAUAAAAGUGCAAAUUGUUUCUAUAAGAAAAAUUAUGAAAUGUGAAUAUAUUUGUAUUGCAAAUGGAGAAAAAAUAGUUUUAAAAGGAAAUGCAAAACUAAUUAAAAAA